UCUCGACGCGAUAAACAAUCCUCCCAGCAAAGAUCGGGGUUUUUCCGUUUCGAUCUCUUUGGCGGCGAGCGGUCGCGAGAGAGGCGGCGGAGAGAGGCGACGGGGCGGGCGGUGAUUCUCCCGGAGCCUGGUGAAUCUCGCCUCUCUUGGACAUCCAAUCGCGUUAAGGGUCAUUGGUGUUUUCGCUCCCUAUGAGUUUAUCUUCUUCUGGCACUUGUCUUGCUCCUCCUUGGUUUACUCCUCCUAGCCCAUGGCUCAAAAGGAACUCCAAUCCUAAUCUCCUCGCUUCCAGAUUCCAAGCUUUCCAGUCCUCCCCUUCUCGAUUUCGUGGUUACAAGACGAAACAGCAGCAGCUGCUGAGAAGGAGAGUAGAUCGGGUGUCAUGCUUUAAGGACGAAUUAGGGUCGUCUUCCAACGAUGAUAGUCUUGAAUUUACUGAUCUGCCUGAAACCUUAGAGAAUCCAAAGCCAAAGUCGAAUACAGAGAAGACUUGGAUUUCAAACAUUCAGAAGGGAUUUAGUGAAUUUUUCACAUUACAAAAGGAACGUUGGACGGUCCCAUGGACAGCUGAAACCAUCGUCCAGGUAAUGCUUCUAUGGAUUGCUUCCUUUUGGUUCGUCGGCUCCUGGAUAAUCCCUUUCCUAGCUCACACUGCUGGUUUCAGUAAAUCUUCUCUAACCCACAGGGGCCAGGCCCUGUACAGUCUCCUCACUGACAUAGCUGAAGGCCUUGCCGGAGUCGCUAUCCUUCACAGGUGUCUAUCAAGAUUUCGACCUCUUCCCUCAGGAUGGUUUGAGUUUAGCCUCAAAGGCAAUUGGCCCUUUGAUGUAUUAUUGGGAUGCCUCCUCUUCCCUUUAGUGAACCUGUUAUCCCAAAUUAACAUCAACAUGGUUCCCAUUCUCCCUGCUUCCCCUUCGGUCGGUAUUUCUAGUGUCGAGCAGUCAAUUGUUGCUCGUGAUCCUGUUGCCAUGGCUCUUUAUGCUGUGGUUGUCUCUGUGUGCGCUCCAAUCUGGGAGGAGAUUGUGUUCCGAGGAUUCCUUCUGCCGUCGCUUACGAAAUACAUGCCUUUGCCUUGGUCUAUUAUGGCUAGUGCUGUGGCUUUUGCGCUGGUGCACUUUAAUGCGCAGCGGCUGUUGCCGCUGGUGUUUCUUGGUCUUGUGAUGGGAUUUGUGUUUGCGAGAUCCAGAAACUUGCUGGCUUCGAUGCUCUUGCAUAGUUUAUGGAAUGGGUUCGUGUUCUUGGAUCUCAUGAAGUGACAAUGCAACUGUAUUUGAAUCAUUUUGGCAUUCUUCUUGUUACUGUCAUGUUGUUGUAUUUUUACCUUGUUUUCAUAUCACUUAAUUGGCAAGGCUUUGCAGGCUUGUAGAGUUAACUCGAUUAUGCGAGAACGAAUAGUAACUAACACAAUUUGUAGAAUUAACUUGAUAAUGUCAGAGAAUGUAAUGUUCAUCAAUUCUGAUUAA